ACGUACAUCGUAGAUUGUGUCGUGUUGGAUCAGCUGUACUCGAUCCCCUGUAGGCUAAGAUACUCAUGAGAUAUUAGAUCCUUCUGCCGUCGCUGUGUCCGUCGGCGCGCCAUGCAAAGUCUCGGUGACUUUCGUUUAGCCAUCAUGCUUCGUCAGACGGCAACCGAGGUUGAAAAUGAUCUGUAUGACGCUCUGCACAUCCGCAGCAUGCUCUUACAUUGCGAUAGCCACCGCAUCAAAAACAACGAUACCUCUUAUUACUUGAAGCAUCGUAUGCGCCAUAGAACUUCAUGGCAACGCCUAUUGGACGACCUGUCGUUCUUGUGCGACUCUCGUCGUGCCGGCUGCACCACAACCGCGGUUGCCGUCGAGCAGCGUGAACACAAAGUCAUUAUCUGGCUCGGGGCCAAUUCACAACUCCGUGAAACAGCGACCUCGCAUCUUAGAGCCAUCGUGGACGCUGCCAUGUGCGUCGAAGGGAGGUCUGAAAGCGAAGGGUCCGUGGCGGUGCUCGACAUUGUGACGAGAGCUGUGGGAAGGAGCGCGAACAAAAUCUCGAACUACCAGAGCCGGCUCCGCAAUGUGCUGUCUCGGCUUUCCCAGCGAAUUCGACCGCAUCAAAGUUGGAGCCGUCUGAUCACGUCCAUGCAUGGGAUCUUGAGUCACGGGAAUCAUCUCACGAUGUGCGACGAAGCGUACCAGAUAUGGCGCAGUGCGGACUUUCGACGCUCAUACAACCGGUCCGUAUUGCGCCAGUACAGCACGAUGUAUCAAGCACAGCAUUAUGUCGGGCGUCUCGCUGCGUGGCAUGCUGCCGCACAGCGCGUAGCGUCAUCAGUGCAACAUUACGCUUAUCUUUUUCAAAAUUAUGAAGUCAAACUCCUGCCACGCAUCGACCCUGACAGUCCGAUCAGUCGGACUUUUGCUGGCGACUUGGAGGCUACGCUCAGACGAGUCUUGCCAAACUAUCAGGGCCACGCCAUCUUCGCCAUUGUACUACGGAGACUCAGAGGGACGGCAGCACGCUCUUGUCUUAACGUUGAUCGCAAGCUCGUCCUACGUCCACACGCUGAGACCUUGAUGCUCGAGCAUUUCCACGCACACGGAUUAGUGUACGCGAACAACGACAGGUAUAUUGGCUGCAGCAAGCCCUCCUGCUACUGCUGUCAGAUGUACUUUGAGACACAUCCUGCGAGGGCCCGGACGGGCCGCUUUCAUGGCAAUGCAUGGAUCCGCUGGGCUAGUCCUCGGCCUAUUUCACUUCGAAAUGGCUCGACCGACCUGGAUUAGCGAGCUCGGUCACGCUGUGACAAGGCAUCAUCAGAGGUGCGCCGUGGAGGAUAAUCGCUGGGUUGUCCAGAGGAACCUUCUCCGCACAAAAGUAUAUAAUUCUUGUGCUCGACCCAAACCAAGGUUACGAAGCCUGACAGACUCGCACAUGGUCGAAUUUUGCAAGGAGAGUCGGGUUUUGCACUCGAGACAUGCUAAAUCCCCAAAACUUCCUCACUGUCAAGGCAUUGUCUCCUGUCGAGCUGUCGAGCUGUU